GCCGCCUCUGCCUCCAGGAAGGGAGGAGAUCGGAUCUCCAGGCCCACUACCCUCCGAGUCCGGCCAUACAUGUUGGAGGUUGACUUCUCAGAGCUGAUUCUGGAGGAAAUCAUUGGCAUAGGAGGUUUUGGGAAGGUUUACCGUGCAGUUUGGUUUGGAGAUGAAGUUGCUGUCAAGGCAGCUCGCUAUGAUCCAGAUGAAGACAUCAGUGAAGCUAUUGAGAAUGUCCAUCAAGAAGCCAAGCUCUUUGCUAUGCUAAAACAUCCCAAUAUAAUUGCCCUUAAAGGUGUGUGUCUAAAGGAACCAAACCUUUGUCUGAUUAUGGAGUUUGCCCGUGGAGGCUCAUUAAAUAGAGUGCUGUCUGGCAAAAGGAUUCCACCAGACAUUCUGGUGAACUGGGCUGUCCAGAUUGCUGAAGGAAUGAACUAUCUGCACGAGGAAGCAAUUGUUCCUAUUAUCCACCGGGAUCUGAAGUCCAGCAAUAUAUUGAUACUUGAAAGAGUGGAAAAUGGAGACCUGAGCAACAAAAAUUUGAAGAUCACUGAUUUUGGCUUGGCCAGAGAAUGGCAUAAGACUACCAAAAUGAGUGCAGCUGGAACAUAUGCCUGGAUGGCUCCUGAAGUUAUCCGUUCCUCCAUGUUCUCUAAAGGCAGUGAUGUGUGGAGUUAUGGGGUAUUGCUUUGGGAACUGCUAACUGGGGAAGUACCAUUUCGAGGAAUUGAUGGCCUGGCAGUAGCAUACGGUGUUGCUAUGAAUAAACUUUCCCUUCCUAUUCCUUCAACGUGCCCAGAACCUUUCACCAGACUGAUGGAAGAUUGUUGGAAUACUGAUCCUCAUUCAAGGCCGUCUUUUGCCAAUAUUUUGAAUAAACUAACUAACAUAGAGGAAUCUGGUUUCUUUGAAAUGCCAAAAGAAUCCUUUCAUUCCCUGCAAGAAGAUUGGAAAAUUGAGAUCCAGGAGAUGUUUGACCAACUCAGAGCCAAAGAAAAGGAGUUGCGGACAUGGGAAGAAGAGUUAAAACAAGCAGCCGUUCAACAGAAGAACCAUGAGGAACUACUACGGCAACGAGAGCAGGAGUUGGCAGAGCGAGAAAUCGAUAUUUUGGAAAGAGAACUCAACAUAAUCAUCCACCAACUGUGCCAGGAAAAGCCCCGGGUGAGAAAACGCAUGGGCAAGUUCAAGAAAAAUCGGCUGAAGUUGAAAGAUGGCAAUCACAUCAGUCUUCCUUCUGAUUUCCAGCACAAAUUCACCGUGCAGGCAUCUCCAACCAUGGAUAAAAGAAAAAACUUGAUCAACAACUGUGCCAGUCCUCCUGCCAGCCCUACUAUCAUUCCUAGGCUCAGAGCCAUCCAGCUAACCCCUGGUGAAAGCAGCAAAACAUGGGGACGCAGCUCUGUAUUCCAGAAAGAUGAGGAAGGAGAAGAAGAAAAAAGAGGGCAGAAGAAAAAGGGUCGGACGUGGGGCCCAGGUUCACUUUGCAAUAAGGAGCUAACAUCAAGCGAGGAUGGCCUAAAGUCCCUGGCAGAUGGCGCUAGACACUGGUCUUCUAGUGCUCCAAAUCUUGGAAAAUUCCAGCGAACAAUAGUCCCUUUUCCUGGAUUUGCAAGCCUAAUAGAGAUGGACAAUGAAGACAAUGAUUCUUUGAAUGACAGAGAAAGCAAGGUGCAGCAGUCCCCUGGAUUUAACCAAUCAUACCUCUGCAUCCCAUUUCAGAAGAACGACGAUUGGGAUGCCCAGUCCAGUGAUCCUAAUGAAGAGACUACUCCUAUGAACUCUUCCACAAGCACUCCUCAGCUAACUCCCACCAACAGCCUCAAACGUGGGGGCUCCCAGUAUAAACAGUGUCAGCUGGCCUUUCUAGGCUGUGGGGCUGUGCUGGCUGCUGCUGGCCUAGGCUUUGACCUUUUGGAGGCUGGCAAGUGCCAGCUGCUAACCCAGGAAGAUCAGGACGUGUCCAAGGAAGAAAAGAAGAAGCGUGAAAGCAUCUUCCAACGGGCUGGUCUCUCUCGGAGGAGUACAAGCCCACCUUCAAGGAAGGUCUUCAAGAAAGAGGAACCCACAUUCUUGUUGGGCGAGCCAUCCAGUUCUCUAACUCUACUCUCUUUGUCUUCAAUUUCUGAAUGUAACUCUACCCGUUCCUUACUUCAUUCAGACAGUGAUGAAAUUGUGGUAUAUGAGAUGCCUGUUAGUCCUGUGACAGUGAAGGCUCCCUUACCAAUAGUUAGUAACCCACUAGUUAAUAUCCGAGUUGAGAGAUUCAAACAGAAUCCCAACCAGUCCUUGACACCUACACAUGUGACUCUUUCUUCUGAAGCCCAGCAACAGAAGCAUAGGCGCACUCCCUCUGAUGGUGCCAUAAAACUGUCUGAUCUUGUUUCCAAUGCAGAUUCUUCCAGUAAUUCUCCAACAGGAGUGCUGGAAGCAGCAGUAGCAGCACUGUUGAAGAGCAGUCCACACUGCUUUCUUUUCAUGCCAGACUGCCUGAAGAGGAGCGGACACUGCUGGACAUGGACGUUGAAGGUCAGAGUCAGGACAGCACAGUGCCGUUAUGCAGAACAGAACUCAGAACGCAUAAACCUGCAGCAUAUGAACUCAAGCAAGAAUUUUGGUCCUAGCAUGAAAUUCACAAGGGGUUGGUAAGCUCCUUUUAGCUUCAGUUCUACUUCUUGCACUAAGAAUGCACUUUCAAAACAGGUAAAGUAGGAAGUUGGUGCUGAGGCCAUAUCACAUUUCUUGGUCCACCUCAGAACUGGUUUGGGGAGCCCAGUUUUUUAUAGCUGCAUGUGGCUAAGCUACACAGAGUUGCUGACUCUUUUUCUGGGGUUUCUUAUAGCCCUCCUUGUCUCUUCAUUACAGUGUUAAACUGCAACAAGCAAUGCGAUAUAUCUAAGCCUCUGUUCUUGAUCUUCAAGAAUACAAUGAUAACUUGCAAAAAUAGACAUCAGUGUUUACACACUGUUAAACUGCAGGAAAUUAUGUAAAAGUGUGCCUGCACCAGCACUCUUGUCACGCUUCAUGUGACUUUUCUCUCUUAGUGCUCUAAACUAACUUUUGCUUCUUUUGCUUCUCCUCCUCCUUCUCUGUAUGCAUAUGACACUUCUUUGAGUCUGAAUACUGUGGGUGUGGGGGAUUCUGGGCUAUCUGUGGGAAACCAGUAUUUUGUCAAGAUGACAAAAUGUGUGUUUUGACACCAUAAUGCAAGCUCUGCCCCUUACAUAUCUGCAUGCAGUAUAACUCAUGUACAAAAGGGGCAAAGUUUCUAUUACAAAAUCAUGACACACCUUUUAUCAUUUGCCCCCCUUGACCCCCACAGCUGACUCUGGGGGAUUGGUUCUUCAUAAAUACUGAACUUGCCAAUGUCAUCUAAAGCACUCACUCAACUAUAUUUAAUGAUGUCUAUUGAGAGGUAGAGAGCCUUGAGUUUCAGAGGUGCUUAUGUUAUAGCUCCUGGAAUCAGGUGUUGGGGGUAAAUGGAUGCAGGGUUGUAUCAGGGCAGAUCCACCAGUGGGGUGUAUGUAGUGGGGAGGCUCUGAUAGUGAAAGUGGAAGAAUGGGAUACUGUGGUACUUUGAUCUAACCCAAUCAUGGAAAAACACUUUUACCUCUUCAAAAUUGCAGGCUGUAUUGCAAUUAGAAAGUAAUGUAAUUCAAUGAAAAAUCAUAUAUAGAAUUCUGCAUUCCUUGCACAGAUUUUGGCAAUAUUUUGCAUGAAAAAGUUGCUAACGGAAUAUGCCCUUUUUUCACCUAAACUUCUGAUUAGGCGUCUAAAGUUUUUGAUACCAUUUAGCUAGCUGUGUAAGGCAAGCAACAUGCAUGGAUCUCCUACUCCCAUAUUGUUCUGUGAGUGGGUCUAUUUCUCACUUUUUAAUUUCAGCUGCUACAAUACUUGGUUUUUAAAAAGAUCUGGAAAAACUAUAACUCCUCCAAUACUCCUAGGCUAUUGUUCAUGUAACUUCAGUUUCUGGGAUGUUUUCUCCCUAUUGUAACUAUUUUGAUUUGUUUUCAUUUUGUUUUGUUUUGUUUUUUUGAUAAUAAGUGGCUACAGUUCCUUACUUUGAACCAUAAGCUGGCCGCUUGUGAAGAAUGUUAUACAAAUUUUUGGCACCAUUGUUGCCUAAAAACUAAACGUGAAUUCUGACAAUUCAGGUUUAAUUUUGCUUGUGCCACCAGCUUCUUGUAUGACAUUGGGCAAUUCAGUUUGCCAUAUGUGCCUCAGUUUCUCCAUCUGUACUAAUAGCUACCUCAUGCAACAGAAGUGUAGACUUACUGUGCAAGUGGGAACUUAUGCCCUCAAUAGAAGUAGACAAUAUACUUUAUGUUAAGAUAAGUUACAUACGAUGAAAAAGCUCUCUCUUUGUUAUAAAGUAUAGGCUAGGUAACUCUUGAACUAGUUCCGUAUCAGUUUAUUCAUCUAGCUGGGCCUAGAGAAUACAGUCUUAACAAUCAGCGUGGAAAAGCACUUGCACACUUAUGUAGUCUAGUGCAAUGGCUUAUAUCUUGCUAGGAUCAAAUGCUGCUGUUUUGUAUGCCUAGCAUUUCACCUCUGUAGUGUUCCAGUUAUAAGCAUUGGCAAGCCUAGGCUAGACAAUUCCUAAGCUGCUGGUAGUGGUUCGGACUUUCUUUCAUCAUAAUCAUGUUUGGUCUUGUCUCAAUUCCAUUUUUUAAACAAAUGAAAGGGAUUUGAUAUGGCCUUAAUGAAGUAGCUGCUAUAGAGCAAUUGGAACUUCGGGGACACGCUGAGGAUGCAGGUUAUGAGGACUGUGCAAAAUCAUUUUGAGGGACAUUUCAUGAAGUAACUGAAGCACCCUCCAGAUUCAGUGCUCAAAACAUGUAAGUGUUGCAUCCUGUUGAAUUCUCAGUGCAGCCAUUUUGAGAGACUCCCCUAAUUGUCUGAGCAUGCAUGUGGGACUGUUGCUGAAACAAACUGAACGGUUCAUAAGCCCUCAGGAGCUCCACGCUCUAACUGCACAAUUAACCUUAUAGUUCACAUUGCUAAAAUUGACUCUAAGAAUAGCAAACCUACCAAAAGGCAGUUAUUCCCAAAUUUCAUGUUUAU